UUGUGUUGAACUUGUAGCUGCUAUAUUGUCGAGCUGAUACUGAAUUUACUAUCAGGGACCCAAUUUCAUUCAGCCAUGAAAUGCCAUCAAUACAUAAUACACAUCAGAGCUUAAAGAACGUGAGCUACUUGUCUUCAAGUGGGCCAAGCAAUCACUUUCUGCCGUCAAUAUCAGGUCCCAAGUCUCUACAUAAAACAGACGCGAACUGCACUGGUCCUACGUUGACCAGUAGUAGUGGACAUCCGAUGGUCUCGUCUUCCAGGCGUUUGAGCAUCGGACAACCCUCAGGAACUUCUAAAAGCUCAAACUUCAUCAUGGUACCACCUGAGAUCACAGACGCCAAACUGGCAAGGAAAACCCUAGCAAGAAAACAAUUAGUCGGAUGCUUAAACCCAACCAAUCAGGAUUUAGUUCGCAGGUCAGAGGUCACGAAGCCUGCGUACACCCUUCACGCCAGCAACUUCCAACAGCGACUGCGCGCCAGUCUUAACGCAGACGACAGACACAAGUGGCGCUUGAGCUUUGACCAUCGCGAACUCAACGGCACCAAGACAAAAGAGUUCAUAGAAAACUGCAACAAACUUGUCCUUGAACUCAACGCAGAACAUCGAGGUAACGCCCAAACAAAUCAACUGGCGGUUCUAUCCGAACUUUCAUCAUUCGACGUUCUAUCCACAACAAACUCAAAACAUCGAGACAAUCCAACAGCGAUGGAUCACUUUUUAUUUAUCCGCGGAAAUUCUUUCUACCCCGAGGGUCUAGGGGUCACGAGAUACCGACCCCUGACCCCGAAUUUACUCACCCACCUGGAUAUGCAAAAAAUACCAGCGUACAAGCAAACACAACAGUGGAUCAGCAAGCUGCCGCUACAGCCAAGACAUUGUAACACGAGUAGUGUCCCUUCGAACUUUUAGUCGUUGUGAUACGAGUAAAGUCUCUUCAUAUUUCCAAUCAUUGUGACACCAGUAGUGUCCUUUCAAAUUUACAGUCCUUGUGAUGUGACACGAGUCAAAACAGAAAACAAAAUAUUCAUUUUAUUGUUGUAAUAAAAAAAAUUUUUUUAACAUUUUUA